CGCAGGCAGCUCAUCACGGCACUUGCGGCUCCGGGUAGAGAGGCCCGACCUGCACGCCCUGGUGUCUGCGUGCCCGUCUGCAGGCGGCCUGCGGGUGGCACCUCUCCCUGCCGCGGCCCCCCGGCUCCCCCACCCCCCCCAUCGGGAGCCCCACCCAGCAGGAGCGCAGCUCUUCCGCACAGCCCCGGAGCUCAGCAUGCGUCCCGCCGCCUUCAGGAACUUCUUGCUGCUGGCGUCCUCCCUUCUCUUCGCGGGGCUCUCAGCUGUUCCCCAGAGCUUCUCGCCAUCUCUGAGGAGGGCGACUGGUGCCGCGUGCAGGCUGUCCCGGGCUGAGUCGGAGCGCCGGUGCCGGGCGCCCGGGCAGCCCCCAGGGGGCGCUCUGUGCCACGGCCGCGGCCGGUGCGACUGCGGGGUCUGCAUUUGUCACGUGAACGAGCCCGGCGUGUACUUCGGGCCCCUGUGUGAGUGCCACGAGUGGGUGUGCGAGACCUACGACGGGAGCACCUGCGCAGGCCAUGGGAAGUGUGACUGUGGCAAGUGCAAAUGUGAGGAAGGUUGGUUUGGUGAAGCGUGCCAGUACCCAACUCACUGUGACUUGACGAAGAAAAAGAGUAACCAGAUGUGCAAGAAUUCUCAAGAUGUCAUCUGCUCUAAUGCAGGUACAUGUCACUGUGGCAGGUGUAAGUGUGAUAAUCCAGAUGGAAACGGCCUCGUUUAUGGUAAAUUUUGUGAGUGUGACGAUAGAGAAUGCAUAGACGAUGAAACAGAAGAAAUAUGUGGAGGCCAUGGAAAGUGUUACUGUGGAAACUGUUAUUGCGGGUCUGGUUGGCAUGGAGAUAAAUGUGAAUUCCAGUGUGAUAUCACCCCCUGGGAGAGCAAGCGAAGAUGCACAUCUCCAGAUGGCAAAAUCUGCAGUAACAGAGGUACUUGUGUGUGUGGUGAGUGUUCUUGCCACGAUGUUGACCCAACUGGAGACUGGGGAGAUAUUCACGGGGACACCUGUGAGUGUGAUGAGAGGGACUGUAGGGCUGUCUAUGACAGAUACUCCGAUGACUUCUGUUCAGGUCAUGGGCAGUGUAAUUGUGGCAGAUGUGACUGCAAAGUAGGCUGGUAUGGGAAAAAGUGUGAGCACCCACGUUCCUGCCCACUGUCAGCAGAGGAGAGCAUCAGGAAGUGCCAAGGAAGCUCCAAUCUGCCUUGCUCUGGAAGGGGUAAAUGCGAAUGCGGCAAGUGCACCUGCUACCCUCCGGGAGACCGCAGGGUGUACGGCAAGACGUGUGAGUGUGAUGACCGCCGCUGUGAAGACCUGGACGGCGCCGUCUGUGGGGGCCACGGAACCUGCUCCUGUGGUCGCUGCGUGUGUGAGAGAGGCUGGUUCGGGGAGCUCUGCCAGCACCCGCGGAAGUGUAACCUGACGGAGGAACAAAGCAAGAGUUUGUGUGAGUCAGCGGACGGCAUACUGUGCUCGGGGAAGGGUUCUUGCCACUGUGGAAAGUGCAUUUGCUCUGCGGAAGAGUGGUAUAUUUCCGGAGAACUCUGUGACUGUGAUGACAGGGACUGUGACAAGCACGACGGCCUCGUUUGCACAGGGAAUGGAAUCUGUAAUUGCGGCAACUGUGAGUGCUGGGAUGGAUGGAACGGAAAUGCAUGUGAAAUCUGGCUUGGCACAGAGUAUCCUUAACAGUUACAUAGGAGAGGACUGGAGUCUUUCCUUUUCCAUUAGAACAAUAUAAAUGCAAAGGCAACCCUAUAUAAUCACCACUAGGACAGGUCAAAGAGACUAUUGUAUGUUUUUCUGUUUCUGAAUGCCUGCAUGAAGUCUGGGUCCCUAUUAAAAAAUGAAUUAAGCAAAGUCUGAUGUAAAUAACGCCAGAAAGAAUGUCUCUUCCAGAAUUUACAUCAGUGGUUCUCAACAAGGGUGACUUUGCCAUCCGGAAAACACUUGGCAAUGUGUACAGUUUCAAUCGUCACACUG